UCAGGGUAACAUCGAACACCAGGACCACCUGACGGUUGGAAAUGGAAGCAGCAGAGGAAACUCUCACGUACCGAGAUGACACCGGACUUCACAAAAAGCUGCUCCUACUGGACAAGGACAAGGACCCGCAGAGACAAACUGAGAGUAAAAGCGACGAGUCCAACUAUGUCGACUUGGACAUGAAGCCGGACGGUCCCAAAACGGUCAAAGUGUCUUUCACGGGUGAAGGGAACCAGCUGUCGGUCAUCAAAUGUGACGCCAAGAAGCACGGAGAGGACAAGCAGCCUGUUUUGGUCGAGACGCCGUCCAAACCGCGGAAAUGUGACCUGAUCGAGGCGGAACUAGACCCGAGCGACUAUGAAAGCGACGAUCUGCAGUACACAGAUAUGUGUCUGAACAGCAAAACCGAGUCCAAUGACAGUGCCAGUGCGGUUCUGUCCGACCACUGUGACUCGGACACGCUGGAGGACGAGUCUCACUACAUCACCACCCACGAAAUCCAGCUGACAGAGCUCGACCAUGAUGUGGAUUAUGACCUGGGACAAGGGACCUGUUGGGAUUUCGAUGAUAACAACCUUGUCUAUUCCUUUGUGGAUUACGCUUCAUUUGAAAUCGACGACACUCGAGAGGUAGUGGCGUCGGGGAGGACCCAGAACCAGGGUCGUGUGGAGCAUGAGGAGAGUGAUCUGUGUGCAAGCUCUGAUGAAAGUUUGUGCAAAAACCUAAGCGGCGACCCCAACGUGGGUCAAAUACACCUCUCGAUCCAGACCUCCAGUCAGGCGGUGAAUGAGCCCGUCUCUGACAACAGCACCUGUGAAUUCACAGGACGCCACGCAGACCAGAGCCACUUGUCGUUUGUCAACUCUGGCGCCAGAACAGGACCCUUGUACGGCCGAGCCCCAUAUUUCAUUCCAGCUCCGGGCCGUCAGCACCUCGCAACCAAACUGAGACGGAAAGAUAUUAAUGAAUAUUCCAGUGGAGCGUCCAGUUCCAUCAGUGAGCUGGAUGACGCCGAUAAAGAGGUGCGUAAUUUAACCGCCAAGUCCUUCCGUAGCUUGGCAUGUCCGUACUUUGAUGCCAUCAAUCUUAGCACCUCCAGCGAGUCUUCCAUGUCGGAACAAGGACUCAACAAGUGGUCUGCGUACAUGGACUGGGGGUACAGGAAUAUAUCUCAUGACAGAGAUCGGAGUGUAAUAGCGCGCAAGAGUUUGGAGAUGAAAAGGACGAUGCAGAGUCAAAAAAACUGCCCCUCUUUAAAUAAAGUACCCCAAACCACAACACAAAAUGCUGAGUCGACAAGUCGCCAAAAACAACAGGGGGUGACGUUGAAUUUGCGCUACGAUGUUGAAGCGGGGGCAACGGACCGCUCCAAGGUUCGAUACGAAACGAUAGAAGGGACACAAAAAAGAGCAACCUUCGCCUCCAGUCUGCUGAAAAACGUCAUCUCCAAAAAGAUGCAGUUUGAGCAGGAGCGCAAACUGGAAAGGGGGGAAAACCACGACCCCAGAGAGUGUAAAGGCAGGAGGGUUUGGAGAAGACGGAGCUCAGAUUCGGGUUCGGGGUUCAAUUCGGCUGAUGAUCAACAUCUGGAGCGCAGCACUUGCUGUGAGCCCGUAGGAGAGCAGAACAACUACAAGGAUGGGUCUGAACAUCAGGCAAAGGAGCCUCCGAAGUCCCACCUCUCUCCCAGUCAAACCAGUGCCUUUGACUCAUUGAGAGUUGAACCCUCCACGGACGACCAGGACGCAGGAAACAGGCUGACAAAACUGCUUUUUGUCCCGAGCUGCCCGCAAGCAUCCAAGGAGCUUCCUCACCUAUCGACACCUGCCACAGGUGCACCGCCUGUCCCUCAGGUUUACAACAAGAUCUUCAAGCCCGGCAACGCUGGGAUUCGUGGUAUAGGAGGGAAGAACCCCGGGAUAAAAAUACACCUGAGGGGGGUGAAAGAAAGCAAAGGCUGCACACUGAACAUUGCAAACCUACUAACCCCGAAAUUUAGCAACAACACCAUCAACACAUUCAGGGCAGCGACUAAUGCCAAAUGUCACAAUUUCUCUGCAAUAGAUGCGACUCCGAAUGCCCCAGUGAGAGACACGCGUGACACCAAAUGCAAGUUUGCGACGCCGAUCUAUCAUGUCAGAGAUGUGCGGAAGCUGGUGAAAAGCUCCUACCGCUUUGUGUCGUUAGAUAACAGCGCGAGCAAAUGCACGACGUUGGACAGAAGCGAGGAGAAACCUCAAACCGAGCCCGUCAAACAGCGGCUGCCGUCUCCGAUUGUGAUCAAAUGCCAGUCUGUCAAAACUAAUUCUAGAUCUCAAACAAGUGAGGAGGCGCAGACGCGACAACCAGAGCGAGCUCAGGUGGCGGCGAAGCAGCAGCCCGCUGACCCGUCGGAAUUAGUCGCUGACAAUGCAGAAAAACAUGAAAAAGCAGGGGAGACAGUCAGGAAAUUUGAACCUCAGAUUCCCAAACAGGCGGCACUAGAGAAGCUCAAGGCUGCUGUCAAGACAAUGGAGCAGCUCUAUGUUUAUGACCGGAACGAAUGGAAGCGCAGAUCGCAAACUCCGCGACUGAGCUCAGACAGGAAAGAGCAGGGAGCAGAUGAGGAGGACGCUGACCCCGGGAGCUCAGAUAAGAGGUCUCUGAAUAUCAUAUGUGUUCCAUAUCAUGAGAAAACCGUUGACACACACUUGCAGCAAAGCCCACAUCAAAACAGAGCAGGGAGCAAGCCUGACAAGGCGGCGCCCCCGAUGAGAGACCCUGAGUCACCAGUGGCACCUCUCUGUGUAAAAAUAGAGGCUCCCAAAUGCAACAAAACACAGCAGCAAAAGGUUAAACCCAAGCCCUCCACGCCUGCCGUGGCUCUGGACUCUGAGAACUAUUUAACCAUACCAGGUCUGAGCAGCCAAGCUGCACUGCUGAGCGCAGAGACCGUUUCUAAGGUAACAAACACCGGUCAACAGCAAACAGGUGACAGCAAAAUAUCUGAGCAGAGAUUAAUGACGCAGAGUCCCGCUUCGGUAAUCCACCACCAACCAGCAGCAGCUUCACAAACACAUCAGGUGUUAUGUUUCUCCCCCUCUGUCAAUACUUUGUCACCCACACCUUCCGCAGGAGAGGCAGCGCCACAGACGCAGCGGAAAAUGCUGCUGGACCCGACGACGGGACAUUACUAUCUGGUGGACACGCCCCUCCAGUCGACGACAAAGCGGCUGUUUGACCCUGAAACGGGCCAGUAUGUGGAUGUGCCCAUGUCCACUUCACCUGUGUCUCCAAUCACGCCGGUCCCACUAUCCGUUUCCCCCCUGGCGCUGGGCCCUGGCGCCUACAUGAUCUGCCCAGGCUUCAUCCCAUCUCCCACUCUCACAGCCCAGGUGCUGUCGCCACAGCCGCAGGCUCACUUGGUCGACGUCGCUGGGGGAAAAGUAAAACAUACCAAAAGUUCUAAGCAGGAAUUGAACACAGGGGGCGCUGAAAGUGCUUAUUACAGCGCGACAGGAGAGGCCUUUCAGGGGUCACUGCAGCUACCUGUCAGUGUGGGGAGCGCCGCCAGCAGAGAAGACGCAGGAGGAUCCGACAGGAAGCCUGUCAUCAGCAUCACGUCGCAACAAGGUCCAAGAAUCAUUGCCCCUCCUUCCUUUGAUGGAACGACCAUGAGCUUCGUUGUGGAGCACCGGUGACCAAGGAAACAUCCUAUCAAAAGAAACAAUACAACACUCCACAGAGAAUUCAGCCUCCCAUCACUGUAAGUGCCGAACUGACUUUCCUGCCGGUGGCUUUUUCACCAGGACAGCUUCCACCACAAACAACCAACUCUCAUCCUCCAUUCUGAUCAUCUGAUUCUAACCCUGCCGCGGACUUGACGGUCUGCAUCACAGCACUUUGUAGAUGAAAUACGUGUAGCCCUUGACGCUUUGUCGCUGUACCAUUUCACUUUGUGAUACUUCCUGAUGUUUAGAUUUCUCUUGAAAAACAUUUAUAAUCAAAAGGAAUCCAGACAGUUUCUUUUUUCUAUCUAGUCAAAUGUUAGUGACUCUUAUUUAUGUGAAUGUAAAGUAUGUAACACUUUGAGAGGAGAAAAAAAAAUGUGGAAAACUCCAUGUUGGAAUAAACGUUGAAUAGAAUUUUGUUUUCUCAUACUAUGGCUCAGCUUGUGCUAUUGUUACACACAUUUACACAGCCCAACACCAACAAUUACAGACACACAUUUGUUUUAAAAUGCCACUGUUUGAAAAGAGAUUUAUCACUGAAAUCACCUUUUCUCAGGAA